AACACCGACUUGCUGUCUGAAAAAAUUGACAGAGGCAUCUUAUACCGCCACACAACGUGAUUACAUUUCAUCGGUGACAGUUCAAUAUUUUCGGAAGUGAGCAAAAACACAACAUGGACCAAACGAGUUCAUUGAGUUUCGAAGUGAGCAUAUUUUUACGCAAUUUACGUGCGUACGCCAAUCAAACGAAUCUUCAAAUCGACAGAAAAACAAGUGGAAUGCUUUCGGAUACACUGAAAUGUGUUGGUGAUUUGCUGGCAAAUUCUACCGUGGUUAAUUCGGCGCAUGGUUCGAAUGAAAUGGAUUUUUUGUUCGAUUUGGAUGAACGAUGCUUCGAAUUACGACGAAAUAUCGUGUGCCGAUUGUGUAUUGAAACACUGCCGAUAACAAAAGAAGAUUUCGAAGCACACACGCGCAAAGUGUCCCAUGUUUUAUUAACCCGAGACAAUUAUAUGCCACCAAUUCAACAUCAGUCCGAAGUCCAGACAAUCCCAACAAGUUCAGCGCAGGUAACACUGUCACCACCAGCAAAUGAAAUAUGGAAGCCAGAAAUUGGCCGAAUGGCUUUCCAAGACAAAAGCAAGAAUAUAUACGGCGGACGGCAAAUUAUUGGUCCAGGCAAAGAUUGUUCCAAUCAAUCAAUGGCUGACAUGAAAAUUUCAAAAAUGGACUCCGCUGGUCCAUCAGAAGUACAAAGACGUCAUGAAUUCGUUCAACAGACAAUGGAAAAAUAUGACCAAACGAAGGAAGAACAACGAAAGAAGGAAGAAUCCACUGGAUUUUUACUGGACGAGGGAUGGCGUGGAGUGCGUGUACUUGAGUCAUCGGCAAGUGACAGUUUCGAUGAUUUCAAUUACGAUUCAUUGCAUUUGAUUGAAGUCAAUGGAUUGCCAUGGUCAGCAACACGCAAGGAAAUCAACAAUUUUUUCGUAAACGUAAAUUUUCUCAAUGGAUUAAAUGGAAUUCAUUUCAUUACGCACCAAAUAAGUGCAAAGGGUGGCCGUGCAUUGAUCCAAUUAUCUAGUAUGCGUGACUUGCAAACGGCAUAUACGUUCAACUCAACGCAAUUCGAUGGUUAUUAUAUCGAGGUGAAACCAGGAAACAAUGAAUUCUUCAGAGAUUUGGUUAGAAAGCAACUCAUUCCAUCAAAAGACAAGAUUGUAUUUAUUGAUGGUCUCCCAGCGAAAUACAAAGAAGAAGAUGUUCGAAAGCUCUUCCCUGGUUUGGGCGUUGGUCGACUUCAUUUGACCAAUGAGCCGGGUCCAUCAGGCAAAUUUGGUGCCUUUGUGAAAUUCCAGAAUAUCGACGAUAUUGAAUGUGCGGUCAAACGUAAUGACAAUAAGAAUAACAUUCGCGUUUAUCGCAGUACAAAUGAACGGAUGAUUAAAUGCUUCAAAAAUGGAUGCAAAUAUCCAUCAGAUCAAUCGUCAUUAAUACAGCAUUCAAACGGAAGCAGCGCAAAAUCUAUUCAAACGUGCGAAUAUCUACGGAUUAUUGGUCUUCCAAUUUUAUUCAAUAAGGAGGCCGUUUUGAAUAUGUUCCCUGGGCUGGAAAUUGACCGUGACGAUGGUAUUCAAAUACAACGCGAUAAAAAAAAUCGUACAGCGCUGGUUGAAUUCAAAAAUCCAUCCGAAAUUGACAUGGCAUUGACUAUAAACCCGUCAGAAUUCGGACCGUACGUAAAAAUUGAGAAGGCAAAAAAAGACGAUUUUGAUAUGAUGAAAGAGGAAAACCGAUUUGUUUAAUAUCAACAUCGGACGUAUAUUCGAAUGAAUUUUUGAAAAACGUUUUUGUAUGAAAACAAAAUUGUUGAAUAGUCGACGAAUACAUUGAAAUAUCUUAAAAAUAACCAAACUGACAUAUUUUUGAAGAGAAAAUAAUUAUAGACGGACAGACACGAAAAACGCUGCUGAAACAUUGAAUUUCAUU